AUGCCUAUGAAGGUGUGUUUCGUCGGGUUAGCCCACAGUGCGAGCGAAGAAUUGCAAGGAAGCAGUAUCGAACCAGGAGAAAUUGAUUCAACCACCAUUGGAGAAUCACCGUCGGAGGCAGCAGAUGCUACCACUACAGAGGGAGAGCAGCAAAACGAGAGCAGCAAUUCUACCAAUGGAAUUGGACCUGGUUUCGGUGAAGAUCCACAAUCAGGAAGGACAGAAACUACUCAAGGAGAGCAAGAGAGUGAAGACAGUAGUACCACGGAAGAGGCAAAUUCAGAAGUAACAGAAACUUCCCAAGACGGAACAGAAGGAAAGGAGGACAGUACCAUUACAGAAGAGACAGAAGCUCCUCAAGAAGAAACAAAGCGGAGUGAAGAGACUACUGCUACUCAGGAGCCAACUUCGGAAGAGACAGAAGCCCCUCAACAAGAAACAGAACGACAUGAAGAGACUACUGCUGCUCAAAAGACAACAACAGAAGCUCCUCAAGAAGAAACAGAACGAAGUGAAGAGACUACUGCUGCUCAGAAGACAACAACAGAAGCUCCUCAAGAAGAAACAGAACGAAGUGAAGAGACUACUGCUGCUCAGAAGACAACAACAGAAGCUCUCAAGAAGAAACAGAACCAAAUGAAGAGACUACUGCUGCUCAAAAGACAACAACAGAAGCUCCUGAAGAGAACAGAACGAAGUGAAGAGACUACUGCUGCUCAGAAGACAACAACAGAAGCUGCCUCAAGAUUUGUUGUUGAGGCGGAGUUAAUUGAUAACUGUUGUUCUGAAAGUGAAGAAACAACUGCCACUCAGGAGCCAACAUCAGAAAUCACAGAAGCUCCUCAAGAAACAGAACAAAGUGAAGAGACUACUGGUGCUCAAAAGACGACAACAGAAGCUCCUCAAGAAGAAACAGAACCAAGUCAACCGACUACUGUGACUCAAGAGCCAACAUCGGAGAUCACAGAGGCUUUUCAGGAAGAAACGGAGCGGAGUGUAGAAACUACUACGACCGAAGAGCCAUCAUCAGAAAUGACACAAGCUCCGCUAGGUUGGUGGAAAGGCACAGUUAUUUCUGUACGAGAGAAAAUGUCCAAAAAACUUUACUGGUAG